AUGGUCGCAUCCAGCAACUUCCUGUCUGACAGUCAGUUCCAAUGCUCCAUCUGUCUGGACCUCUUCACAGAGCCCGUCUCUACUCCAUGUGGACACACCUUCUGCAAGGACUGUCUGACCAGGUACCGGGCAGACAACAAGGAAUGUCAGUGUCCUCUGUGCAAAAAGAAGUUCAACAAGGACCUCAAACUAUCCGUCGACACCACAUUCAAGGAGGUUGUGGAGAAUUUUAGGAAACAUCACCAGAUGCCUGACGUUGCAUCCUCAGUAAAACCCUGGGAGGUAUCAUGUGACUUUUGUCCAGCGAGGAAGCGCAAGGCCGUAAAAACCUGCCUGGUGUGCUUAGCCUCGUUUUGUGAAACACAUUUAGAGCCUCACCUGAGAGUGGCUGCCUUGCAAAGACACGAACUGUCAAAUCCUGUUACCGACCUGGAGGAGAGAAUAUGCACGGAGCACAACCGGCUUUGCGAGUUCUUCUGCUUGAAUGAUCACGUUUCUUUUUGUGCCCUGUGCACAGAACAUAUUCAUCACCACAGUGUCAACUUGAAUGAAACACGUGUGGAGCCACCUCACCUUUGGAGGAGGACAGGGACUGAACAGAAAAAUAACCAUGCACAGAAAGCAGGGGCAAAGGGCAAAAACAAGGGCAAAGGUAGAAGAGCAGAGAAGGGGAAGGCUUCCCAUUCUGAUCCAGGCAUCCAUGGAGGAAAAGCUCUUUCUGAGAUUCAAGUCAACGGAAAGGAUGGCUGUGAUUUAGCAGCAGUUAGAGCGUCCGCUUUAGUUGCCAUGAGAACCGGGUCGAACCAGGACAAACACUGCAUUGCAAAGUUUAGGAUUAGGAAAAACACUUCUAAAAUACUGGUGGUAGUAGAUUAUGAUAAUGGUCUUAUAAUCUUUCUUGAUCCACACAAUAACAUCCAGGUGUAUAAACCUACAGGCCGUCGAUUCAAUGAGAAAAUCGUACUGUGCCUCGUCACCAGCCAAUUUAAUGCCGAAGUGAAGGAAUUCGUCUAUGCCAACAACUUCCCUCCUUCACCACACCUUCAGUGA